AUGGACGAAGUCUCAGGUGGCCGUGGGCAUCGAGAAAAGAUUCCUAGUACGAAACUCAAAGAGUCUACAGGUACCGCGGCGAGCAGUAUUGACAAAUCCAAGCAUGAUAAUCGCGUCUACCUGCCAGUCUAUGUCGUGAAUCGUGAAGCAAAAUACGAGCAGGAGCAAGAGGAGGUAAAGAAGACUCACGACCACACCAAGAUAGGAGCAAAUGGAGAGAAAUUCGACUUUUACACUCUUGGUCACCAUGUCGAGACAAGAGAGAAGCGAUUCUACAUUCGUGCACGUCGCGAUCCUCAGAGCCUCUACUUUCAUGCCGCAGAAGCGCCUCCAUACCACGCCCGCCUGAGCGACGAACAACAUCCACAAUGCCAGAUAGAUAAACUGAGAAAUUGCUUUAGCAAGGACAUGCUCAGUAAGACUGGAGAAUGGGGUCACUACACAACUAAAGCAAACGUCUUUGCAAGAGAAGGGCAGUUCUUCUGGGAAGCCAAGGUUAUUUCACAAGCACCGCCUGGUCGAGAACCACCCAAAGCAUCACUAUCGUCGUUUCAAGAAGGAGAUAGAACAAGCACUAGCAGAGGAGGCUUAAGAGUCGGCUUUGCUAGAAGAGAGGCAGCUUAUGGAGAGCCUUUAGGUAACAGCGCCUAUAGCUAUGCAGUCGCGACGCGCUCAGGUUAUGGCCGAGAUUAUGGCGUGGUACGAUUCAACUCCGAGAUUCAGCAUAUUCAAGGUGGGCAAGAUUUCGAUGACCUUUCGCCUGGCGACGUGAUAGGUCUGAUGAUCACCCUACCACCUCUCGAAGUCCACAAGAAAGUGGUCGAAGGUACCUUCAAUCCUGGCGACUACCCCCAUCUCGAAUGCGGUCCUGCUCACUUGUCGAAAAACAAGCGUCAAAAGACGUCCAAGACUGGGAAGCAAAGCGCUUCUGGCAAGAACAAGCUCAAAGAGAGGGAAGACUCUGUCAAACCAGCCGAGCCUGAUCCUCUGAGAGCAGCGCUGCGAUGGCAACUCUCUUCACUGUCCAACCAUACCCUUCCAUCUGAUCACGAAGUCAUUCGCGAUCGUAAUCCUUUCGGCCUCAAAGGGCAGGUAUACUUUGAGUGUCCAGACUACACUCCUCACAACGACCUCAGCAGACCAAGUGCUGGCAAUAAAACCAAAUCUCAGAACCCAGAAACUGGCAAACCAUACGAUCUAAACACCGAAACACAUCCACAACACGAAUUGCCGCAUCUCAGAACGUUACCAGGCUCCAAGAUCGAGGUCUGGGUCAACGGGAAAUAUCACGGUAUUCUUGCGAAACAUCUCUUUGCAUUCCUUCCUCCAGCCUCCUACAUCGAGCUUGGAAGCAAGACCUCGCUCAAAGAAGGCGCCGUUGACGAUGGAUUAUUGGGGUAUUACCCAGCUUUGUCACAUUUCACAGGUGGUGCGGUAGAAUGCAAGUUCGACGGCCCUUGGUGGCACGGGUACGAGCAGGAUCCCGGUCCGGAGCCCAGGAAGAUGUGCAGAGCAAUUGGUGAACGAUAUAACGAGCAGAUCGUGGAUGACUUUGUUUGUGAUGUGGUUGACGAGAUUUACUUGGAAAAGCUUAAUGGGCGAACAGACUACAUGAGACAUGCCGUGGCAAGCAAAGUAGGAGGUCCGGGUUCGUGA